CCGUGCGCCCUCGUUCCAAACGUCCGCUGGCCGAGAGCAGGACGAGGAGAGCGGAGCCCAGGGCUCCAGCUAGGAGGCCACAAACCCACAAGCCGAGUCACUGCUGAGAGCCCGAUGGCCCCAUAGACCUGCGAGGAGCGGGGGGCGCCUCGUCGCCCUUCCUCCCUGAGCCUCCCACGGAUCCCAACAGAGCACACGAUGCCGCCGUCGUUAGCGACCAACAGAGUCUCCCUCCGGGAGCUGGCCGACCUGGCAAUCGGCACUCCGGAGGUGGGAGCGGUGAACUUCACGGCCCUGCACACACUGAUAGUGGCCAUGCUCAAGAGCCUCAACCUCCAAGGGGUAGUUAUUGACUUCCACUCCCCGUCGGCUGAGUCUGGCCGCUCCGCUGAUGUGGUCCGAAGCUCCCUUAGCACCCCGCAUGUGUCAAGCAGCAAAGAGAGGCGCCGGAGUCUGUCCAGACCGUCCCUGCCUCCGCAGACGCUGGAGAGCCAGGUGAAGGACCUGGGCACCCAGGUACUGGACCUCAGCAAGCAGAUUAAGAAUAUGGACAACAAAGUGCAGGGCAUUGCCACACACGUGGAGCACAUCUCCGGAGUCUCUGACCUCUACCCGGAGUUCCAAAGGCUGGAAGAGGAGAUGACUCUGGUGCCCCCACAGACAUCUCCACGUAUAUCCUCACAGAUAUCCCCACAGAUAUCUCCGACAAAGUCCACCAGGAUCUAUGAAUCCAUAGAGAUACAGGAGAAGUCUGAGCCCACAGCUGGGAUGUCCCCCCAGGGGAUACAAUCAAGGCUCUCGAAGACUCAGAAAGAUAUCAGCCCACCCAAGCCCAUGAAUGUGCUCCAAGACCUCGUAGAAGAUGUAAAAGCCCUGAAAGAAGCCCACCAGAAGGUGCAGGAGUUCCCUGAACUGAAUGCCCAGGAACUCCUUCAGCGUGUUAAUGAACUGGAGAAGGUGGUCAAAGACCGAGAGGAAUAUCUGGAUCAAUUAAGUCGGAGGCUGAAUCUUGCUCCGGGUAGUGAAGAAAUCACCAUGGUCACCUGGGAAGAGCUGGAACAAGCCAUCAGUGAUGGGUGGAAGGCCUCAAGAGGGAGCUCAGAUUCAUCAACAGCAACAUUUGGCAGGCGCAAAAUGACAUCGUUGACAUCAAAUGAGUUUCCCAGUGGAAUAUUUCCCAAGGCCUCCACUGCUGACCAAGCUCGGGGUUCCACUGGUGGCCCAGAACAGAUCUUAACCAGUGGUGUAGAACACCCCACUGAAAGAAUUAUUAGAGGAGACGAGAGUGCUGGAUUUCGAGAUCUGCACCCAGGGGCCCGCGAGCCAUCCCAGAUUACCGCAGAAACAGAUCGCCAGAGGACUGGGGACUAUGUAGCUUCCACACGUCAAAGAAGAGAUGAACAACAGCCUGGCCCAACUCAACAGGGCUUACUCCCAGCCAGAGACCAGUAUGGUGGGGUGCCCAUUAGUCAGGGUCUAGUCUACCCAACUCCAGAUGUGCAUGGGAUUGGACCAUUUGUCAUGGAUCAACCUGCAAUCCUGUAUCCUGGCACUUAUCCUCAUGCUGUGGUACCCUUCACUAUGGGCCAGCUUGGUGUAUUACCACCAGAAAUGGAUGACCAGGGAUUGGUACCUUUUGGUAUGGAUCAGAGUGGUGUGCUGCCACCAUCAGUACCUGACAGGGGUCAACAAGGACUGGAAAGACUUCGUACAGCUCAGCUUGCUACAGUUCCAUUCAGCACAUAUCAGCAAGUUAUGAUGCUUCCUAGAACAGACCAACAUGGCAUGGAACAGGCUGUCAUGUAUGACAGUGGUCUGGGACCAUGGGACAUGGAUAGGCAAGGGUUGAUACCAGUUGGCAUAGAUCAGCAUGGAUUCGUAAUAUUAGGCACAGGUCAGCAAGGGCUGAUUCCCCCUGGUGUGGAUCAGCAGAGAUUGGUAAUGCCUGGCAUAGACCAGCAUGCAUUCCCUCCAUCUCUUCCAGAUCAGUAUGGCUUGGUGUCACCUGGUCUGACACAAGUGAGUACAGAUCAACAAGGUUUUGGGCAGCCCAGCUCAGAAGCACCAGGCUUCAUACAACCUGGUGUAGAUCAGCGUGGCAUGGUGCAGCCCAGUGUAGAUCAGCGUGGCGUGGUGCAGCCCAUUGUAGAUCAGCGUGGCAUGGUGCAGCCCAUUGUAGAUCAGCGUGGCAUGGUGCAGCCCAGUGUAGAUCAGCGUGGCCUGGUGCAGCCCAUUGUAGAUCAGCGUGGCGUGGUGCAGCCAGGUGUAGAUCAGCGUGGCGUGGUGCAGCCAGGUGUAGAUCAGCGUGGCGUGGUGCAGCCAGGUGUAGAUCAGCGUGGCGUGGUGCAGCCUGGUGUAGAUCCACGUGUUUUGAUGAGGCCUGAACCAGAUAGGCGUAGUUCAGAACCUGCUAGGACAGAUAGGCAAAGUUUGGUACAGUCUGUUGCAGAUCGGCGUAGUUCAGCGCCCUUGCCGGCAGAUCGGCGGGGUCUCGGGCAGCCUGGGACAAGUUGGAGAGGUUCAGCACAUCCUGGAGCAGGUAGGCAGAGUUUAAUACAGCCAGGGGCAGAUCAACGUGGUUUGGUACAGCCUGGCACAGACCAACCAGGGGCAGUCCAGCCCGGCCCAGUGCAACCAGGGGCAGUCCAGCCCGGCCCAGUGCAACCAGGGGCAGUCCAGCCCGGCCCAGUGCAACCAGGGGCAGUCCAGCCCGGCCUGGUGCAACCAGGUGCAAUUCAACCUGGCAUGAUGCAACCAGGGGCAGUCCAGCCCGGCCCGGUGCAACCAGGUGCAAUUCAACCUGGCAUGAUGCAACCAGGGGCAGUCCAGCCCGGCCCGGUGCAACCAGGUGCAAUUCAACCUGGCAUGAUGCAACCAGGUGCAAUUCAACCUGGCAUGAUGCAACCAGGUGCAAUUCAACCUGGCAUAAUGCAACCUCUUGGUGCAGGUCAGCCUAGCUUGAUUCAACCUGGUGUAUAUCCACCUGGUUUGGCACAACUUGGUGCAGGUCAACAAGGUUUAGUGCAACCUGGCACAGGUCAGCCUGUUUGGGUUCAACCGAGCACAGAUCAACAUGGCGGGAUACAACCUGGUGCAUUUCUGCCUGGUUUGGUACAACCUAGUGUAGCUCAACAAGGUUUGGCACAACUUGGAAUGGCUCACCAUGGAUUGGUACAACCAGGUGCAGUUCAGCAUAGGCUGGUACAGCCAGAUGUAUAUGCACCUGGGUUGAUGCAACUUGGUGCAAUUCAGGAUAGUUUGGUACAACCUGAAAUACAUCAGCGUGGUUUUGUGCAGCCUGGUGCAGAUCAGCUUGAUAUGGCACAACCAGGUGCAGUCCAGCCUGGCCCGGUGCAACCAGGGGCAAUCCAGCCUGGCCAGGUGCAACCAGGGGCAGUCCAGCCCGGUCCGGUGCAACCAGGGGCAGUCCAGCCUGGCCCGGUGCAACUAGGGGCAGUCCAGCCUGGCCCGGUGCAACCAGGGGCAGUCCAGCCAGCCCUGGUGCAACCAGGUGCAAUUCAACCUGGCAUGAUGCAACCAGGUGUAGAUCAGCGUGGCCUGGUGCAACCUGGGGCAUUUCCUAGUGGUUGGGUACAGCCUGAAACAUACUCACCUGGCUUGGUUCAACCUGCUAUAGGUCAAUAUGGUUUGGUUCAGGUAAGAGCUGAUCAAUAUGGUUUUAUACAGCCAAGUGAAGCACAACAUGGUUUACUCCAACGUGGUGGAGAUCAACAUGGUUUGAUGCAGCCUGUCAUAGAUCGACUUGAUUGGAUGCAACCUGGAAUGGAUCAUGGUGGUUCAGUACAACCUGGUGCAGAUGAGAGUAGCUUAGCCCAACCUGGCAUGGAUCAGCAGGGUUUGGCACAACCUGGCAUGGAUCAGCAUGAUUUGGUACAACCUGACUUGGCACAACCUCGAGCACUUCAACAUGGCUCAGUGCAACUUAGUGCAGACCAGUCUGGCUUGGCACAGCCUAGAGUAUACCAGAGUGGCUUGGUGCAGCCUGGCACGGACCAGCAUGGCUUAGCACAACCUAGGAUGUAUCAGUAUGGUUUUGUGGAAUCUGGUGCAAUUCAGCGUGGCCUGGUGCAGCCUGGAGCAGUUCAGCCGAGGCUGGUGCAGCCUGUCAUGGAUCAGCGUGGCCUGAUGCGGCCUGGAGCAGUUCAACCGAGGCUGGUGCAGCCUAUCAUGGAUCAGCGUGGCCUGAUGCAGCCUGGAGCAGUUCAACCGAGGCUGGUGCAGCCUGUCAUGGAUCAGCGUGGCCUGAUGCAGCCUGGAGCAGUUCAACCGAGGCUUGUGCAGCCUAUCAUGGAUCAGCGUGGCUUAAAGCAGCCUGGAGUAGUUCAGCCUAGGCUGAUGCAGCCUGUCAUGGAUCAACAAGGCCUGGUGCAGCCUAUCAGGGAUCAGUAUGGUCUGGUGCAGCUAGUCAUGGAUCAUCGUAGCUUAACACAGCCUGGAAUAGUUCAGCCUAGGCUGAUGCAGCCUGUCAUGGAUCAGCAAGGCCUGGUGCAGCCUGUCAGGGAUCAGCGUGACCUAGUACAACCUGGAAUGGAUCAGCCAAGCUCAGUGCAGCCUGGCAUGGAUCAGCGUGGCUCUCAGCAGCUUGGGGAAGAAAGGAGUGAUUCACAGCAGCCUAGCAUGGAUCAGAGUGACUCACUGCAGCCUGGGGCAGAUCAGCCUGGUUUGUUGCAGCCUGGGGCAGAUCAGCCUGGCUUGUUGCAGCCUGGGGCAGAUCAGCCUGGCUUGUUGCAGCCUGGGGCAGAUCAGCCUGGCUUGUUGCAGCCUGGGGCAGAUCAGCCUGGCUUGUUGCAGCCUGGGGCUGAUCAGCCUGGCUUGUUGCAGCCUGGGGCAGAUCAGCCUGGUUUGUUGCAGCCUGGGACAGGUCAGCCUGGCUUGUUGCAGCCUAGGUCAGGUUGGUUUAGUAUGAUGCAGCUAGGAAGAGUUCAGCCUGGUGCAAUCCCUCAGGGCUUGGUUCAGCCUGGUGCAAUCCCUCAGGGCUUGGUUCAGCCUGGUGCAGGCCCUCUUGGCUUGGUUCAGCCUGGCAUAGGCCCUCGUGGUUUGGUUCAGCCUGGUGCAGGCCCUCAGGGAUUGGUUCAGCCUGGUGCAGGCCCUCAGGUUCAGCCUGGUGCAGGCCCUCAGGUUCAGCCUGGUGCAGGCCCUCAGGUUCAGCCUGGUGCAGGCCCUCAGGUUCAGCCUGGUGCAGGACCUCAGGGUUUAGUUCAGCCUGGUGCAGGCCCUCAGGUUCAGCCUGGUGUGCACAUGGCUCCACUUGGUACAUAUCCAUCUGGUUCCAGACAAACCAUUACUAGUCAGCCAAGCUUCAUAGCAUCAGGCAUAGAGCUUCAUGGCUUUCCAGAUUCAUAUCAGCGGCAAAUGCUAACUUCUGAACAAGUACAAGGCCAAGCUGGGCAAGAUAUACUUCCUGUCCUGGACCAUCAGGACUCAGACCAACAAGUUCCAGAUGAAGGCCCAACAAUCCCAGGUGCAGUUCAGUACGAUCAAACACAGGCUGUCCCGAGUUACGGUGGCCCAGAACCCAGAGCUUACACAUCUGGCCACAUCAUCUGGGAUCCGAGCAGGAAACUUACCUCAGUCCAGUUUGAAUUGGCUACCCCAGGGGGCUCACACCAAGCUACCACCGACUCCAGGAUUCGAGACUUGAGCUACCUCCACCGAUUCUCAUCAACAAGUGAGACCCGCAGUGAUCGACAGGAAUCACUGGAUAAACUGGCUCCAAGCUUUCCCAUGGCAGUGGAGACAUUCCGCCUGAUGGGCGAGAUCAUUGGCCUUUAUGUGGAACUGAAGGAUCGCAUGAAGGACUUGGAUGAGGAACACGCCGGCCAGACUGACCUGGAGAAAAUCCAGUACCUACUCUCCAUGAUGGUCAAAAAGACCAUACCUCAGGACCUGCAAGACCAGCUGAAGAGCCUAAAGGCCUUGAACAGAGAAGUUCGACAGGACAAGGCCAAACUAGAAAAGAUCCAGAAGUUGCUGGAUACGGAAGGCUCUGCAACGAAGGAUGUGAAGCCUAGUCAUCUGAGCUUGCAGCUGGGCAUCCUCAGAGUCACCGUGUCUGACAUCGAGAAGGAGCUGUCUGAGCUGAGGGAGAGCCAAGAGCGAGGCAAGGCCGCCAUGGAGAAUUCAGUCUCCGAAGCCUCCCUCUACCUGCAGGAUCAGCUGGACAAACUCAGAACCAUCAUCGAAAGCAUGCUGAGCUCCUCCUCCACACUGCUAUCCAUGAGCAUAACCCCACACAAGUCCCUGAGCACCCUGGUGCCUGGCCAGAUCGACCCUGAGGCCACCUGUCCAGCCUGCAGCCUGGAUGUGAGCCAUCAAGUCAGUCUGCUGGUACAGCGUUACGAGCAGCUGCAGGACAUGGUCAGCGGCCUGGCUGCCUCCAGGCCCUCCAAGAAGGCCAAGCUGCAGAGCCAGGAUGAGGAGCUACUGGGCCACGUGCAGAGUGCCAUCCUGCAGGUCCAGGGUGACUGUGAGAAGCUCAACGUCACUACCAGCAACCUCAUUGAGGACCAUCGGCAGAAGCAGAAAGACAUUGAAGUGCUGUACCAGGGAAUAGAGAGACUGGAUAAGGAAAAGGCUGACCGAGAGCAUCUGGAGAUGGAGAUUGAUGUAAAAGCGGACAAGAGUGCUCUGGCAUCCAAAGUGAGCCGCAUCCAGUUUGAUGCCACCACCGAGCAGCUGAACCACAUGAUGCAGGAACUGGUGGCCAAGAUGAGUGGCCAGGAGCAGGACUGGCAGAAACUUGUGGACAAGCUCCUGGCAGAGAUGGACAGCAAGCUGGACCGCCUGGAGCUGGACCCAGUGAAGCAGAUGCUGGAGGACCGCUGGAAAUCGCUGCGGCAGCAGCUCAAAGAGCGCUCCCCACUCUACCAGGCCGACGAGGCAGCUGCCAUGCGGAGGCAGCUCUUGGCUCAUUUCCACUGCCUGUCCUGUGACCGUCCCUUGGAGACAGCUGUGACUGGACAAGUCAUCUCUAUGACCCCUAUAGUUCCCAGCAUGCCGGGGCACCGUUCUGUCCGGCCUUAUACUGUGUUCGAGCUAGAACAGGUCCGACAGCAGAGCCGCAACCUGAAGCUGGGCGGCAGCUUCGCUCGAGGUGAUCUGUCACAGAUGGAGAGGAGCGUGGGACGCCUGCGCAGCAUGCACUCCAAGAUGCUGAUGGACAUCGAGAAAGUGCAGAUCCACUUCGGAGGCUCUGUGAAGGCCAGCAGCCAGAUGAUCCGAGAGCUGCUGCAUGCUCAGUGCCUCAGCCACCCGUGCUACAAACGGGGAGUAGACACGGCAGAUUACACCUACUCAACUGUGCCCCGUCGCUGUGGCGGCAGCCACACCCUCACCUACCCUUACCGCCGAAACCGCCCGCAGCACCUGUCCCCACUGGAGGAGAUCCAGAUUGCCAUGAAGCACGAUGAGGUCGACAUCUUGGGCCUUGAUGGACACAUCUACAAGGGACGAAUGGAUACAAGGUUGCCAGGCAUCCUAGGGAAAGAUGGAAUGGCAAAGCACAAGUCGAAGCAGCUGCAGCAGCUGCAGCAGUUACAACAGUUCCAGCAGCUGCAGCAGCUGCAGCAACUCCAGCAGGCCCAGCACGCCCGGCCCCACAUGAACAGACAGCCAUCCCUGGGCCACAGCGGCCUGCCACCCUCUCGACCUCAGAGCGCACAGACGGCUGACAGCAACUCAGGGCGAAAGAAAGACAGACCUCUUUCCUCUGAGGGGCGCCUCACCCAGCCGAGUGUGGCCCACACAUCCACCCCCACAGAGAUGGCAAGUCUGCGGGGUAGCCCAGAUGGGCUGAACAUGCACAUGGGUGGGCAUCCUGGGCAGGGGAUGGAGGAGCCUACCCGGGGACCGAGGUCCACCACUGCUCACUAGACAGAGAUAUAAAUAAAAGUUUUAAAUAAGGCGUUUGGAUACCAA